UUGUUUUUUUCCCUCACUCAGCUUAGCAAGACAAGCGAAAUCCUCCUCCUCUGCAAUGGCCGCCUCUGCAACUCUCUUCCUCUCAUUUCCUUCUUCAAUCCAAUCAAAAUCUCCCAAUGUUUCCAUCUCUGCUAUCUUCAUUUCAAACCCCAAAACCCCAAAAUUUCAUCAUCCCGCUUCAAUUUCUCAGAUGGGUGCUGGCCUCUCCUCACCUUGGAGUGGUUUGAAGCAUUUGGGUAUCUCAAUCAGCCAAAGAUAUGUGAAAAGAGAGAAGGGAAGGUGUAAAGGUAGGGUUGUUUAUGCUUCUUUGUUUGGUGUUGGAGCUCCAGAGGCUCUGGUUAUAGGAGUGGUGGCUUUGUUGGUCUUUGGUCCCAAAGGUCUUGCUGAGGUAGCUCGGAAUUUGGGGCAGACUCUCCGUGCUUUUCAACCCACAAUUCGAGAACUUCAGGAAGUAUCCAGGGAUUUUAAAAGCACACUGGAGCGGGAGAUUGGUCUUGAUGAAGUUGCAACUUCAAUAAAGAGUACUGUUAACUCCACACCCUCAUCCCCGACUGAGAAGCCACCGGCCAAGGUUGACCCAAAUGGGACCCCACCCACAAACAGCUUGUCUUCCAGUGAAGAGGCACUGAAAGCCACAGAAGAGAUACCUACGGUGCCUGUUGCUGAACAGCAAGCAGAGGCAACAGGUUCACCUGAAGAGCAGUUGACAGCAUCCGUAGCAACACAGCAAGUGGAGGCACCCACAACUGAAGAGCAGCCAACAGGAAUUGCAGCUGAACAGAAAGCGGAGGCACCCACAACUGAAGAGCAGCCAGCGGUAAUUGCAGCUGAACAGAAAGCGGAGGCACCCACAACCGAAGAGCAGCCAGCGGUAUUUGCAGCUGAACAGAAAGCAGAGGCACCCAUAAAUGAGGAGCAGCCAACAGUAAUUGCAGCUGAACAGAAAGCAGAGGCAUUACCUUCAUUUGAGGAACCGCUUCAAGCUACUAAUGAAAUUUCAGUUGGAGCAACUGCAUUUGAGAAGCGAGAGAACGAGAGGUGAGAGGUGAAAUUGAGUAAGCGAAAGGUUGAUCAGCCAAUGAGCUUUUGGUCCACUUGUUUUGAUCUUCCACAUGAAUUUACAUCAUCGGAACUUAAGGAAUCCUCAUGGAGAUUAUUUUUGUACAACACCACUGUAAGUGCUCAUAGAAGGCACCCCCUUGUAUUAAUGUUGGAUUAGUCAGUCUUUUCUUUUUCUUCUUUUAUUUAGUAACAAAGCAUUCGGUAAUCAAUUCAUAAA